UCACAAUGUUGACAUCCAAUUACUAGCUAGUUACACAUCUAGGAAAUUAGCAUCAUGGACGGGUUUUGGCUCACCUCUUGGCAAAGCGAAGGUUCGCAAAGCUCAACGAGCAAGACAGAAAAAUUUCAAGUCGAUGAUGAGAGAGGCGCCGGCGAAGUUAGAAGAGAGGGAGAACCAGCCGAAAACGACAUUUACAGGCAACCGUGGAAGUAUGUCGGCUACAAAGGGUAUUCACAAUUCAUCUCAUCGGAAAACGACCUCCUCAUAUUUCGGCAAUUCCGGGAGCUGAGCGUUCGAAAUGCUUUGCGACUCCAAGAUAAAAUCUCAGUACUGGAAGCGAAGCUUAUGGAACUGGAUGACACUCAUAGUAGAAGAGAAUCAUAUCCUAUCAAUAACGGGACGUUCAGAAACAAGAAGGACGACCGCGAGGCAAUCCUGGACCAAAUCGAGGUUGCUUUGAAUCGCUAUUACAAGUUCCUUAUUCGUCAAUCUGACAUGCAACGACUUCAGGCGGCACCUCAUCGGGAUGUGAAAAAUAUCAUGAGGUGGCAUGAUCAAUAUGACAAUAGGGCAAUCAAUCAAGAGGAACAGAACUAUCUGAGCCGUGAUGAUCUUAUAUGUCUAAAUGCGCGAGAUAAGCCUCCUCUCCGCCACUUGAUCGACCACUCGCUUCGAUUAAGGACUUUACCAAUAUGGCGAGAUAAUUCCCGAGCACCGACACAAGGCUCGGAGAACAUAACCUACUUCUCAGAGAAGAAGAUGAACGCAUUCGUGUCUGGAAUAAUUACGGUUAUGGGAUCAGCUAUGCUUAUAAUACCGAUCUGGGUGUUGGUAAAACUGAAGGUCUUAGAGACGAAAUUGGCUGCAAUAACGGUUUUCGUCUUUGUAUUCCUGUUGGUUCUAUCGUUCGCUAUGGUUACGAAACCGUUCGAAGCUCUAGCCGCAACAGCAGCAUAUGCGGCCGUCCUCAUGGUUUUUAUUAUGUAGGGAUGAGUUGAAGAAGGAUAGAAUAAGCACGAGAAGUUAGAAAGGGGAUAAGAGUCGAAGAAAUAUAUGCGGGGUUGGAGUAAUCAACGUACAUAUGUACUUAACAACGGAGGCUAGUUACAUGUAUUAGGUAAGGUAACUUCCUGAAGAUUUGUCAAAGACCCCUGCGCGGCCAGCUCGGGGCGGACGAGAUAUCUAAAAUAGUGGAGGUUUAAGGUUACAUUGGCCAGAACCGGAGCGCCGGUUGCUUAUUGAUCAACUGCUAAAAAAAAAAGGCUUCGAAGAUUUUAGCUUCGUUUCCUUUUAACUUUUCUCCGUUC